GACAGGGCUUCUUUAACGAUGCGGAAAGAAGUGUCUGCGCAGGCGCGGCAAAGAGUGUUCGCGAUAGCCCCGUACCUUCUUGCGAUCGUCUCUACCCUGACAAAGGAAGGAAGAGUAAGUCUCUGUAAAUCGCUCGCCACUGAACGAAGUCUUCUCCGUCCCAGCCAGGCCCUGCGCACAGCUGAACAGCAAUGUCGGGCUUCCUGGACAGCAUCCGCUGCGGGGACUGCGAGUGCAGCGCCGUGGACUGGGGAGAGCGCAGGAACACCAUGGCUUCGAUCGCCGCGGGGGUCCUGUUCUUCACUGGGUGGUGGAUCAUAAUCGACGCGGCAGUGAAGUAUCCCCAACAGGAGUCAUUCAACCACGCCUACCAUGCGUGUGGGGUCAUCGCUACGGUGGCAUUUCUCAUGAUCAAUGCUGUGUCCAACGGCCAGGUUCGUGGGGACAGCUAUAGUGAAGGCUGCAUGGGACAGACAGGGGCUCGUGUGUGGCUCUUCAUUGGCUUCAUGCUGGCCUUUGGGUCACUCAUUGCCUCCAUGUGGAUCUUGUUUGGUGGCUUUGUUGUGCCCCAGAAGCCUGUCGUGUACCCUGGCAUUGCUGUGUUCUUUCAGAAUGCCUUCAUUUUUUUUGGGGGCUUGGUGUUCAAGUUUGGCCGAACUGAAGACUUGUGGCAGUGACCUUCCUCCUCUGUUGGCCUCCAGCAGCAUUCCUCCCUUUGUUUUCUCGCUCACAGUUGGUUGUUUGAUACAUGUGUAUAAAAGUCACGAAUGUACCUUUUCACAUUGCCCCCUUGCCACAACUAGGGUCAUCAGUUGAGAGUACCAGCUGCUCUCCAACUUUCCCCUUUUUAGGUACAUGCUAGCAGCUUCCACACUCCUCUUACAGACAUUCUCUCUCUGUUCGAAGAUCCUGAAAGUGAGACCCCAAAUGACACCACACACACUGUCACAAAGGGCAUGUAUGAAAAUGCAGGAUUGAACCAGCUAAUGUUCUGGUGAGGUGGGUUUUGGUGUCAGCAAUAAGCCAUCUUAAUGUUUAGUCAAACAAGGAUCCUGCAUUAGGACUCAUUUUUGUUUGGUGUAGUGUGUGUGUGUGUGUGUGUGUGUGUGUGUGUGUGUGUGUGUGUGUGUUUUCCGUCUCCUUUUUUUCUUCUAUUAAAAAAAAAAAGUUCUGGCAUUUUAACAACCCAUGGUUCCUGAGAACAUUAGUAAGGUGUGUACAGAUGUACGUACAGCAACACACCUACUUUAGCAGUUUCCUUGUUUUGUUCACAUUUUCUAUUCUUUUUUUUUCCCUCCCC